UCAAGAUUCCAAUCAACCUUUAGACAUGAAUCAGCACGAAUUAUCUGAUGAUGAAGAAAAAAAAAGCGGUAGCAAUAGCUCGCUCUCAUCUGACGAAGCUUUAUCAGCAGAAGAUUUUGAGACUUCAGCUCGAGCAAUGGGGAGAACUAUUACAGUAAAAGUGACGAAAAGAGACAUUGCCCUGCAAAAGAUGUUGUUCGCAGCAUUGGAAUACUCCUACCAAUCGGAAAAUGGGUUCGAAAAAUAUCUUAAAGGAAUCGUGGAGAUACCGGACAGAUACCUGCGGAAUGCACGGAACAUGCCAGAGAUAUCACCAAUGGCUGGAUUUUACUUGUCAGAAGAAAAGAUUUCGUAUAUAAAUUUGCAAUCGAGGAAAGAAGGCAAUGUGAGUGAUUGGAAGAUAAUAGUCAGAAAAGUGUUACUUCAGAUUUAUGGAGCAACAAUUGGACAUUAUGCAGCAAAAGGAACUCGAGGACAACAACCGGCAAUAAAUCGUCUGCUAUUUAAAGGAUUAUUCGCGAGGGCGUAUCGAGCAUCAAUGGAAAAUCUAAAUCCGAAAGAUUUUAUAAAAUAUAUAAACAAGUGUGCUUAAAACAAACGAAAAUAUCAGUCAUAAGAUUUCAAAAGCACAUCCCGACUUCUCUAAGCAACCAACAUCCAAUCAAUAUGGGAAGGAAGUACUUAAAACUUCAGACAAUUGUUACGCACACAAAGUGAACAACAUUUAUUAUCAAGAAAAUGGCGGACAAGAUCCAACCAACUCCUAGAAUUUUGAAGAUUUUGGUUCAAGGAAUCCUGAUUCAGAUGUGAAAAAAUAUACCCUGACAUCGC